AUGGGGGCCAUCAAACUCAACAGCAAGAACCUUCCCCAGAUCGUGUCCGCAUCCGAUGCGCCGAUCGAAUACCCUACCUUCCCGCGUGGUGAUGCUGUCAAGGAGGGAAUUGUCCAUGUUGGCGUCGGUGGUUUUCACCGCGCUCACCUGGCGGUUUACAUGAACCAACUGAUGCAGCACCACGGUGUUACCGACUACGCAAUUUGCGGUGUUGGUCUGCAGCCAUGGGAUGUUGGUAUGCGGGACGCCCUGGGCUCCCAAGACCACCUCUACACCAUUGUUGAGCGCUCUGCCACCAAGAGUGUUGCCAAGAUCAUGGGCAGCAUCAACUCUUUCCUCUGGGCUCACGACGACCGUGAAGCCGUGAUCGCGAAGAUGGCACACCCGGAUACCCACAUCGUCUCCCUUACCGUCACCGAAAGCGGCUACUACUACAACGAAAACUCCCACGAACUCCAGACCGAAGACCCCGACAUUCAGCACGAUCUGAACCCUGACAAUGCCCCGAAGACCACUUUCGGAUUCCUUUUUCACGCCAUGGCUCGCCGCCGCGCACAGGGAUUGAACCCAUUUACUGUUAUGUCCUGUGAUAACAUGCAAGGAAAUGGAUCUAUCACCCGCCACAUGCUUGUCUCCUUCGCUCGUCUCCGUGACCCCGAGCUUGCGGAGUGGAUCAACACCAAUGCUCAUUUCCCUAAUGCUAUGGUCGACCGCAUUACUCCUCAAACAUCCGCUGCCGACAAGGUGUCUCUCGCUGAGGACUUUGGCAUCGAAGACUCAUGGCCUAUCGUUACUGAGCCCUUCAUGCAGUGGGUUGUUGAGGACCACUUCUCUGACGGCCGCCCGCCUUUUGAGAAGGUGGGAGUUCAGAUUGUCAAGAAUGUGCAGCAGGUUGCUGAAUUCGAGAAGCACAAGCUUCGUCUGUUGAAUGGUAGCCAUGCUAUCAUUGCCUAUGGUGGACAAUUGGCUGGCUACAAGUUUGUUCACGAGGUCAUGGAGAACCCACUGUUCAGACAGUUCAUUUGGCAAAUGAUGCAGGAGGAGACCAAGCGCACUCUCCCUGACAUUGAGGGUCACGAUGUCGACAAGUACUGCGAGACACUGAUCGAGCGUUUCUCCAACCCCCCGAUCAGGGAUCAGCUGCCUCGCAUUGCUGGUGGUGGUACCGGCAAGAUCCCCCAGUUCAUCAUGCCCACCAUUGCUGAAGCCAUCUGGGUGACCGGACCCUUCCGUCGUCUCUGUUUUACAGCUGCCGCCUACUUCCACUACAUCAAGGGUGUUGAUGACAACGGCAACAAGUUCGAGGUUCAAGACCCCAUGCUUGAGGAGAUUCACGCCGCCGCUUUUGCUGGUGGCACCGACCCCAUGCCACUGCUCAGCAUUAAGUCUCUGUUCGGUGACGACCUGCGUGGUGACAAGCGCUUUGUGGAGACCGUCACUAUCGCCUUGGAAGACAUCGCCCGGGACGGUGUCGUCAAGAGUCUUCCCAAGUACAUCAACUAA